UUGUCGUGCGAAGCUGAUUCCUCGAGGUUGGUCUGCCAAGCGAAUGUUUCACGUAAAACGAAAUGUCACCAAUGGUUGCGAUGUCAUGUGGCUAACACGAGAUGGGGAACUAGCGGCAACUCGAAAUUCUGAAACGCUUGAACUGGCCAACGCGACUUGGGACCGACCAGUGCCGACGAUGCCGCCCCAGCCGCUCAAGACAAAACCCAGGGCGCCGAAAGCGAGUCACUACCUUGGCGGAAGCAACAACCUCCUGCAUGAACGCAAGCGCCGAGAGGCCGCGGAACGCCAAGCAAAGCAAGCUGGCGUGAACUUGCAAACGUUGACAGUAGAUCUUGUGCCCAAAGUGAACGAGCUAGCCGCUGCCGUCGAGGUGCUCCAGCUCGAAAACUCGCAGCAGCUCCACUUGGAAGAAUUGUCCCAAGACACAUUUCUAAACCUCCAGCACCAGCUCGAAGCCCUUCGGCAACAGCAACUCGACAUGCAAGUCAAGCUGCACAAGACAAUGGACGCCAAACUCGAACGCGCGCAGCAUGAGAUUCGACAAGACCACGCAGUCGUCGUGGCCACUGUCGAUAAUAUCAAGAUCGAAGUCGAGGCGAUGAAGGAGCAAAUGGCCAUCCUUCGAGGCGAGAUGGACUCUCUUCGCACAGCUGCCAAUGCAAAAUUGAGCCAAACCCAAGCGCUUUUGGACAGCAUUCGAGAUCAAGGCCACAAGGACAAUGAGCUCACGACCCACUCGCUGCAAGACCUGGAAUUCAAGAUCGGCGAUCUCGAUGCGAAGCUCUUCGCGCUGGAAAAAGAGCAGCUCAAGUUACGGCUGUCUCUUCCGCCGUCCGUUGCGGCGCGAACCUGCUUCGACUCUUCCACAACACCUCCUUACACUGCCGACGCUACCAACACACACCAAUGUAGCUCGAAUGGCGGCGCCAUGCAGCACCAACGUUUAGAGCAAUUGCAUUUGGAGAUGGAAGCAAUGUACCAAUGCACAUUUUUCACGUCGCGAUGUUAGCUGAAGAGCUGAUAGGGUUCACGACAUGGCUACUCAGCGCGGCGCCGACCGCUUGCAGUUCGAAGCCAUCUCAAAUCGCAUGCGGGAAAUGGCCAAGGUCCACAAUCACAAGCACGACGUUGUCCUGGUCGAGCUCCAAGACAUGCACGAUCAGCUGACCCAGGUAGCGAGCAGCGUCCUGUACCCACCAGUGUCCGACUAAAGCCAGGCACCACGGACAGGUUUCGACCAAGUGCCCCGUUGAAAUCUCGCAACGAAUGGAAGCACUGCGUCAAACGUGGGAGGCAGACAUCUCCUCCCUCAAGUUGGCAGCAAAAUCAUGGGCUGCAACAGCACGCAUUCCCCAGGAGGUACGUUCCAUGGAUGGAUGGCGAUCUUGGCUCAAGAAGGAGGACUGACCAGACGAGAGGGCCGGACACCACGGAAGUGAAGGAGCUCGUUCUCGCUUUGCAAGCUCGCAUGGAAAUCGCAGAGAUAAAGAUGGGCAAGUUGUCCACUGCUGUGCAUUCCCAUCAUAUUGGGGCUGGCACCCAGGUACGUUCCCCCGACAAAGGACGAAGUGUCCUGACUCCCACAGUGCAGUUGGUGAAGGUACAAAAGGAUGUGGGCCGGGUGCAAGAGCACGUGACCCGAUCGCAGCAGGUUGUCAUGAAGCAGCUCGUCCACUUUCACGACGUGCUAGCUGGUACGUGUGAUCCCGGUCAUCGUCGUGACAAAUCUGACCACGGUCGUAGAACUCCGUCGAGUUGUCGAGGCGUCAAAUUGAGGCCCAAGACCCCUACAACGACUCUGCGGGGGAUGAGAACAGCUUGGCAGUGCCGUUGGGUCGUUCGAUAUCGAGUGAUACAGGUCAAACAUGCCAUGAUGCAUCUAUAAUUAGCGGUGGCGGGCGGCGCUGCUGUCGUCGGCGCCGACAUGUUGGUUCUUAACCUUC